AUGACUCCGCUAUUUCCAUUGCUCAAGAGGACACAAGAACAAGGGUCUUUGCUUCUUCUUCUACUCACGGUUACAUGGACUCUUCUCUGCUGGCCAGUUCAUGCACAGAACAAGAUUAAUCCUGAUGCGAGCCCCUGGGUAUUGAACUACACGUCACAAGCUGGCCCUGAUGUAUCUCCAGGACCGUGGAACGCAGUUGUACAACUUGUGGACUAUCCUGAGCAACGUCCAGACAUGUGGACACAAAGUGCCGCCCAUUCGCUGUUCAAUUGGGUCAACACUUCUAUUACAGCCCCGGAUUGGGACACGGCGGCAGAUCCCCUGAAUCUGGAAGGUUCGGGAGUCCUGACCACUGAUCGAAUCGUUCUGUGGUCAGCAGAUUGCUCAGAUGGACCAUUUUAUCUUGAUGAGGUUGCUAUAACCAUAGCUUCAGACUUCAACGUUACGCCGACGAAGUCCGGGAUAUGGUAUACCAUGGACGUAGGCUUGCUGUCGUUGUGGGCCGGACAAGACACCUUCAAUUGGACGACCAGCAAUGGUUCGGAUGUAGGAUAUGACCGGUUCCUGAACAGAGCCUAUCGAACAGGAAACAUCCCGUCGGUCUCUUAUGGCCUACACAUGGGCUCAGUCUGGCCUCCAAUCCCCGGUAGUCUUGUCCUAGGUGGUUACGACCGGUCUCGAUGCAUCAGUACACCAAUAGUCUCGGACCACGAUUACCUGCUAGCUGAGCUCAGUCUGGAAGUUGCCUCGGGAGGCUGGCCUUUCCUGAACUCCCCGAAAGUCGAUUCUCAGCAUCUCUUGCGUAGUGGCAACGCCAGCGACACUUCUCUGACAGUGAUGCCAAAUCCUGGGGUGCCAUACAUGUAUCUACCGGAGAACACAUGCUCGACGAUUGCAUCGUUCCUUCCAGUGACAUUUGACCAGAAGAUUGGCUACUACAUCUGGAACACGACAGAUCCAGCUUUCCAGCACAUCAUGUCGUCGCCAUCGGCGCUGAAGUUCUCGUUCGACACUGGUUCAGGGAAUGAGCACAUCUCAGUGCCUUUUGCACUCUUGAAUCUGACCUUGGACUACCCUCUGACCAACACACCAACGCAAUACUUUCCUUGUGUGCCUUAUACGCCAUCCGAUAACUCGCCGUACCAUCUUGGACGUGCAUUCUUACAAGCAGCAUUUCUUGGGCAGAAUGGGCAAACACGAAAGACAUUCUUGGCACAAGCUCCUGGACCUGGUCUGAAAGCUGAGGCGAUCACGAAAUUAGCUUCUACCGACACUGGACUGACAGCCAUGGCGAAUCCGCCAUACUGGAAUGCGACAUGGAGCGAUCAGUUGAAAGCGCUUCCAAUGAACAACUCACCGAGCCCAGGGGAUACGAACGGAACUGGUAAACUGAGCGGAGGGACGAUUACAGGAACCGUGAUUGGAUCGGUCGUGGGUAUUGCUGGGCUCUGUGCUAUUGCAGUCGUUGUUUGGUCCCGUCGAGGUGGGAGCAAGAAGCAACAUACGGUACACUGGGGUGGACACCAGAAAGCGCAAGAGAAGGGUGAUUUUCCAGGGGGGCCGGCGGAUACAGUCAGCGAGUCUGCUAGCGAGGCCAUCCAUGAAAUGGCGACUGCUGUGACAAAGAGGAGUGGCCAUGAGUCGGGAUUACCAACAGAGAUGGAAGUACCAGCGUAUGUCGGAAAAUUGGAGGGAAGUGAUGUAUAUCGCAGGAGCCAGGCUUUAUCUUGA